CAACAGUAACCAAAGCGUGUGGGGACGAAAAGCGUUUGCGAUACGUUAAUUGCAAAACAUUAAUCAAGGUAUAAAAUUCAAAUUUCAAACAGAGGAUUAAUGGCAGCUUUUGUUGACACGUUUCAAAGCAAUUGAGAGGUUAUGCGGAAAUUGAACAUUUUGAUGAAUUGAAGUGAAGGAAUUUUUUGAGAGAAGUAAACAUCUUAUGUGAAAGUUGUCGUGUCUGCAGGUUUUCAACACGAUAGUCGCUCUUUUAGCUUUCAAUUCUGAAGAUAUUGACCUUCGUUUUAACCGGGCAAUCUGAAAUUCGCUGUUCAAGCGUCGAUCCAAGAAUUUCGCCGAUUUAAAGCGUUCUUUGUACGAAACGGUAGUUUUCGAUCUAUCAAUUGAAAUAUUAAGUUCAUCAAAUUGUUGUAAAGGUUAUUUUGCGGGUUAUACUCUGGCAUCUUUAAGUGUGUAACGAAGAAAUAUACGUAGCUUUGGAAACGACUUCGUUCUGUUGCCUUAUAAAUAUAAUCAUCGACACAAGUUUGUAGGCGGAUCAAAUUCGGUUUUGUACGCUGAUUCGGCUGUCUGGGCUAUCAUUUUGGGUCGAGAAACGUUCGUAAUCGUAUUUUAUCGUGGAGCAAUCGAAGGAUGUGUAAAUGAUCUGUUUUCGUUGUCACUUUUAAGCUCUACGAUUUGAAAGGCCAUGUUGAAAUGAAAUUUGAUAGUACGAUUUUACUUUUAGUCGAAUUAUACGAAUGAACACGAAAUAGGGGAAACCAUUUCGUAAGAUAGAUGUCUUCUCUUGUGACUCCUGUUGCUAUGCACAGUCCUUGGAUACAGAUGACGCGGACAAACGCCAAUUGGCCCGAGGGGUUCGGAUUCCGCAUUGGUGGAAAUGCGCCCGUCAUAGUAACAGAUAUAUUUGAAAACUCUUAUGCCCAAAAAUCAGGCUUAAGACCUGGGGACCAACUACUCGAAGUGGAUGGUGUUAAUGUUCAAGGUGUCAGUAAAGAAAACGUUAUAGCACUUGCAAGACAAUCGAAGCACGUCCCCCCGGCCCUGUGCGUGAUAUCACGUAUAAGGACCUUUACUUUACGUCGACGCGGGGGGACGUUUGGCUUUAAGGUGAGAGGUGGAGGUCCCGUUCUUGUGUCAUACCUCGAGGAAGGUGGUCCCGCGAAGGUUGCGGGCAUUGAACUUGGGGAUAUGCUUAUCGAGCUCAAUCAUACUUCUGUGCGCGAAAUGACUUAUGUUGAUGUCGAAAGAAUGAUCCAGACUUCUGGUAGUGUAUUGCAUUUGGUCUUAAUUGCUGGGGUGAAAUCUAUCGCGGAGAUUGAAAAGCGGAACACGGCUUCACGAUUUCAAAGAGCCAGGGAGUUCUUUCACCAGAUGAAUUAUUACUUGGCUGGAGAGGAGAAGAAAAAAUCUCAAUUAGUAAAAGAACUGAACAGGUUUGCCAAAAAUAAAUCUGUGGAAACGCUAGCGCAUGGAAUCAAGUUGAUCUUGGAAACUCCUGUGCAAAAACGACUCAUCCCAAGUAUAAGGCAACUCAUACCACGUGAUCAACGAAACAUUUUCCGAGAAAUUUUGCAAGGCGAUCAUGGUACACCAAGUAUUGUACGCAGUGCAUCCUUUGAAGGCAACUUGAAUCGUUUUACUGAAAACAAGUUUCCCGACAGAAUGGCUUUGAAAUUCAGAUCCUUUUCUAAGGGAAAUCUAUUACCGGCAAAAACAACCUCGUCGACCUUGCCCCGGGGAAAUACCCCAGCGCAUCGCAGGAGCAACACGACACCUUCCACGAUUCUGUCUCGGAGCUCAUCGGAAUCGACACCUUCCGGUGGAACCAAUAGAUGGGUGCAAAAUUUAGCGGAAACUUUAAAAUUUCAGAUGAACAAGUACUUGACUCGAGGGGAACAAUUGGUCUUGAAGCAGAGGUUGAAAGAAUACCAGAAACACAGAGAUGUUUCAUUGCUCGUUACGUCACUGGAGCCCAUUCUUGACGAGCGAGAAAAAUUGCAGGUGGUGCCGUAUCUUAGCGAAAUCCUUCCCGAAAACGUACAGAGCGCAUUCGAUAAAGAGGCACGAAAAUUGAUGUUGAAAUAUGUUCAAGAUUUAUCGUCUGAAGGUCCUGACGUCAUCGAUGUCGCUUACAGAGUGCAAGGUUUGCGAUUAGCUGAUUCACCUCAUUCAAAGAAUUUGAUUGGUGGAUCUGCACGAGAUGACUUGGAAGUGUAUCCAAUGCAAGACAGACCAAACAGCCCGAGAACAAAUGAAACUUCAACUGUAGCAGCUUUGCUCACCGCUGCUGAGAAUACGAAUGUUCCCAUCAUCCCAGGAAAAACCAUCACUGUCGAAGCUAUGAUACAUUCGGAGAAAAAAGAGCCUUUCAUUGGGAGAUUGAACAAUCGACAUGAUUCCUUAUCGUCACCAGGCCCCAUGAACACAGGACUCAUAAACUCAGCUGAAGGUACAGAUGGGCCAGUGGUUGAUAUUAAACCCAUCGUGGUGUUCAGCGGUGACGCAAAUCUCCCACAACCAUCUGAAGAAAAAGGUGAAAUAAGACCACGCGUCAUCCAUAAAGACUUGGAUUCGGCUGUCGAAGAGAAGAAAAAACAUUUAGCAAAAAAAGAGCAAAAUGUAGUCCCAACUCCCCCCGUUCCACCAAGUAGUGGACUCGUUCCCAUUGCGCCUCCCCCACCUCCGCCACCUCCACCACCACCAGGGUUGAGUCCACACGGCAACAAUACCUUGCCCAAGAUGCAGUUAAAGAGGGUGAAUUGGGAGAAAUUAGGGGUAGCAGGCUUGGAGAAUACCGUAUGGGGACAGCUCGGUCGUAAUGAUCCUUUGAAUGAACUGGAAGAUUUUUUGGAACUAGAACAGCAGUUCAGUUCUGCUAAGCAGAGUAAAGUCCCGUUGAAGUCAACGAAACAAGAAAAAAUCGAAAUUUUGGACCCGCGGAAGCAAUACAAUAUAGCAAUUCUAUUGGCUCAUCUUAAACUGCCUCAUGACGAAAUUAGAAGAGCCGUUCUAUCUAUGGACGAGACCAAACUGAGCGAAGCUCACGUUAAACAGCUGCUUCUGUACGCUCCAGAUCAUAAAGAGAUUCACAAAUACAAGAGUUUUGGCGACGACGAGACGAAGCUAAGUCAAAGUGACAAGUUUUCGAUGAUGGUCAGCAAAAUACCUGGCUACAGACAUCGGCUAAAGGCAAUGGUUUUCAAGUCGCAUUUUUUCGACAAGUUGGAAGAAAUCAAACCGGAAUUAGACUGUGUUAUUUUAGCUUCGCGAGAACUCAGGGAGAGCAAGAAAUUGCAGCAAGUUCUUCAACUUGUUCUGGCAUUUGGAAAUCACAUGAAUCAAGGGAAUGCUAGAAUCGCGGGCGCGUCUGCUUUCCGAGUGGGAUAUUUAUCAAAGCUUUCUAGCACGAAGACAUCCGACAACAAAUCAAACUUGUUAAAGUUUCUUGUAAAGACAGUGGAUACCAAAUGUCCCCAUGUUCUUGAUUUAAAAAAUGAGUUGGCAUCGAUUCCUCUAGCUGCCAGAGUUUCUUAUCAAAUGGUUAAGGAAGAAAUAGAUGAUGUUACAAAGAGCAUGAUGGAUGUGAAGAAAGAUCUGGAGGAGCAUGGUAGCCAAAUACCUGAUAAUAACGAGGACAAAUUCGCGAAAAUCAUGGGCUCAUUUGUCGAGAAUUCAAAAACAAGCAUGGCAAAUUUGACCAGCCUUCACGACCAAAUGCUGGCGGAGUACACAAAGACUGCAAAAUAUUUUGGCGAAGAUCCAAUGAUGACGUCAACGGAGGAAUUUUUUGGAACAUUCUCGACUUUCCUUGAUCAAUUCGAGGGAGCACGCUUGGAAAUUCUAACCCAUCGAAAACGCAAGGAAGAACAGUCAAAGAGAGAAAAUGAUAAACAGAAUCGUCUGAAAAAGAAGAGGGAAAAGAAAUCUUUGGGUUCGAGCGAAGAAACCAAUGAAAACAAGGAAGCUAACUUAACUAGCAAACAAAAAGACGAUUUCUUGAAGACAAAAGUCCUCACACCAACUGGAUAUCAGUCAAGUAGCUCGGAAAGUGACGUUCCGGUCUCGCCUAUGCUCGCUUUAUCUUACGAUAUGAAGAACAAAGUAUUGUUUAAAAGCAACGAAAGAUUACAACAAUCUCCUCCGCCUAUUCCUCCUAAACCGAGAGGAAAACCUAAGUUAUCUACCCCGACCAAUAGGAAUGCAGGUAUGUUCACGCCAACCAAUAAGAAUGAAGAACCGUCAUCGGCGUCCAUUAAGAAUUCCACGUGGCCUGAUCAACGAACGAUUAACAAUCAAGAUAUGCAAGAGAUUACAAAUGAGAUUAAACAGCAAAAUAACGUGAAGUUUGCGCAAUUCCAGAAAAGCGCCACAGUUGAUAACACGAAUGGCGAGGGGAAGAAAGCACCUCGCGCUCCUAAGAAACCAAUUGCAUUGAAGAAAGCGAAGAGCGUCGACUUUACAGAAAUUGAACUGUUCGAACCAUCUGAAAAACACGGAAAUACGUCGACUCAAAAAAGGAAAAACGCUGAAAAAACCAAUGAUAAAAAAGAGAGCAGUAUAUUUUUUAGCAACGGAAUAUAUGAGGAAGCGAAUAUUGGUCGUUCAAAUAUACCAAAAAAUUCUGAAAAAGAUUUCCAGGUCCCAAGCCCUCGAACGAGCAUCAAACCAAACUUCGAAGAAAGAAAAGCUAAUACUUUAUCAUACAGAAAGCAAUUCUCUUUGGGUUGCGAAAAAGAGGACAAUGCAUUUGACGAGGAUCCUUUGUAUAGCACAGUGAAUUUCACCAGUUUAGGACAUACAAAUAAUGUACAUGUAGAUACAGACAAGGAUGUAGGUGGUGUGUACUCGCCCACUUCCUAUAGUUCACCUAAAUCUGCACCAUCUGUUGAUGCUACUUCUAUUAUUAAAAUCUCUCCGGAACUAGGGAUAAAGGAGAUCAUGAGCAUUGUGAAAGAAGGAUCAUCGUAUGCAGUUGGGGACAAUAAUGAUGUGUACAGGAUUCCGGUUAAGUCAACCAGUUCAAGUGAAUCGAUUGUUGCUCCUACAGUACUCGAAACCCCUCCGUCCACAGAUAUGUUCUCCCUAUCAUCCGGGUUUCCACUGAAGAAAAACUGGAAAAUCACCGUACCGGAAGAAAUAUACUCUGAACCAGAACCUCGUAGAAUCCCAAACUCCGAUUCAGAAAAAAGUGAUUCGGACGCCGCCAUUGAAGGACCUUACGCAUCCACGACAUUAUUUAGGAUGACAAAAACGCCAAAAUCGUCUGGCGAUGUUUCAAGAACAUUUUCUCCAAAGGCAUCACCGACCUUUGAUGCGUCACCUCCCAAUUUUAAACCUCCGCCACCACCUGUAGGUGGAUCACCCCUCCUGAAAAAAUACAACAAAAACCGGCUUAGUCCCCCUCUGCCAGUUCGACAUCCUAUUGGUUCCAAAUCUCCGAAAGUUAUCCAGCUAAAACACGCUGAGAUUUCAAACGAUCAAAUAAUGCGAAGCAAAAGUGUACCUGAUUUGGCAAACGAAGCCAUAUUUGCGUCACCAUCUAGUCUUGGUAUCAACGUUGAAAACAACAAUAAUGAUCGAUACUCCAUGUUAGUAACUCCUGAAGAGUUUGGACAGUUAAGUGAAUGUUUUGUGCAAUCGGAUAUUACGAAUAAUACGAACAAUCUGCUUCGGGAUAACGAUGAUCCCACUAUCGGAAACGGUCGUAAACCAGUCACAAACGAUAGCUGUAACAUUACUACAUCAGCUUCUAAAAUCGGCAAAAAAGCACCUCUUCCCUCGCCCUCCAAAUUUGUUAACAAUGGUCUCCCUCUUAAGGUGCCACCUCAUCCGAAAUAUCCUCCACCUAGGCUAUUUUCCUCCGAAAGAAGCCCAUCCCCUACCCCCAGUGACAAUACCGAAUGGCGAGAAACGGUAGCAAGUCUUCCACCUCCACCUCAGGAAUUCUUUGAAACGUAGCAGUUAGCCUAAAGUGGCGUAGAGAACAAGUAGUACUUCAAGGCAAAGUGUCGACUUGUCAAAAACGUUUACAUGUUGUCGAUCAUCGCAUAGUGUUUAGUUGUGAUUAAUUGUUUAGUUAAAUUAAAUUAAUUCAAAUCUUAUAGUAACAACCUGUCUUUAUAGAAAAUUAUUUAAUUAUAUAGUGUAUUAAACUUAUUAAAAUUGUUUCACCGUCUUUCGCAGAAAGAA